CUCGAGAAAAUUCCUCGAGAAAAUUAAUCGGAAACAGAGUCAUUCAUUUUCUCUCUUGAGCUUCUUUUCUUUUUCCCGUCUAAGCAAAAUUCUCCUCUUUUUUUUAUAUCCAUCAAUUCCAUGGAAACAAAUAGAAAAAAUGAAGAAGUUUGAAUCAUCUAACUCUGUUUAAGAUCUCAUUUUCUCGGGAAAAUUUUCGAAAAAACAGAGACACCCAUUUCCGAAAAUUCAUUACUUUCCGACUUGCGUUCACUUUCUCAGGAACCAAACGUAAAAUAAACCCAAAAGAAUAAAUUUCUCUAAUCGGAAACAAUGUCUUUGAUUCAUAAAGGAGCCACCUUGGCUCUGUUUCUAGCGUUGACCAUGGUGGUCACCGGAGUAUUCGGGAGAUUCAUCGUUGAGAAGAGUAGCGUGAUGAUUCUAAACCCUUUGGCAAUGCGGUCUAAGCAUGAUGCUGCCAUCGCUAACUUUGGCGUUCCUAAUUACGGUGGUUACAUGAUCGGCUCCGUCGUUUACGCCGGUAAAGGAGCUUAUGGGUGUGACUCUUUUGACAAAACUUUCAAACCCAAGUUCCCUCGUCCUACCAUCUUAAUCAUCGAUCGUGGAGAGUGCUACUUUGCAUUAAAGGUAUGGAACGGUCAAAAAUCUGGUGCAGCAGCAGUUCUAGUAGCUGAUAACGUCGAUGAGCCAUUGAUAACUAUGGAUUCACCUGAGGAAUCCAAAGAAGCUGAUGAGUUUAUAGAGAAACUCAACAUUCCUUCAGCUUUAAUUGACUAUUCUUUCGCCAAUACCCUCAAGCAAGCUCUUAAAAACGGUGAGGAAGUAGUUCUAAAGAUAGACUGGAGUGAGUCAUUGCCUCAUCCGGAUGAGAGAGUUGAGUAUGAGUUAUGGACUAACACGAACGAUGAGUGUGGUGCACGGUGUGAUGAGCAGAUGAAUUUUAUCAAGAACUUCAAAGGGCAUGCCCAGAUUCUUGAAAAAGGAGGAUACUCUUUGUUCACACCUCAUUACAUUACAUGGUUUUGUCCUAAAGAUUAUGUUUCCAGCAAUCAGUGUAAGUCUCAGUGUAUAAACCAAGGGAGGUAUUGUGCUCCUGACCCUGAACAAGACUUUGGUGAUGGAUAUGAUGGCAAAGACAUCGUUUUCGAGAAUCUGAGACAGUUAUGUGUUCAUAAAGUGGCGAAAGAGAAUAACCGGUCUUGGGUUUGGUGGGACUAUGUGACUGAUUUUCACAUUAGGUGUUCAAUGAAGGAGAAGAAGUAUAGCAAAGAAUGUGCUGAAAGAGUUGUUGAAUCUCUUGGUAAGAGACAUGAUUACAUUCGUUUUGCACACCUGUUCUUCACAUUUCCCAUCUUAAUUUUUCUCUUAUUCUCAGGUUUACCACUUGACAAGAUCAAGAAAUGUAUUGGUGAUCCUGAAGCUAAUGUGGAGAAUGAAGUUUUGAAAGCUGAGCAAGCACUUCAGGUAGGACAAGGUGACCGCGGGGAUGUAACAAUUUUGCCAACAUUGAUCAUCAACAAUGCUCAAUACCGCGGUAAACUCGAGAGAAAUGCAGUACUAAAGGCUAUAUGUUCAGGAUUUAAGGAAAGAACUGAACCAGGAAUCUGUCUAAGUGGAGAUGUCGAAACAAACGAAUGUCUUGAAGCAAAUGGAGGGUGUUGGCAGGACAAGAAGUCUAAUGUAACAGCUUGCAAGGACACAUUUAGGGGAAGAGUCUGUGAAUGCCCUGUUGUGAAUGGUGUACAGUACAAAGGAGAUGGCUACACCUCAUGUGAACCUUAUGGCCCUGCGAGAUGCUCAAUUAAUCAAGGAGGCUGCUGGUCUGAAACCAAAAAGGGCUUAACUUUCUCUGCUUGUUCGAACUCAGAGACAUCAGGAUGUCGCUGCCCUCCAGGCUUUAAAGGAGAUGGUCUUAAAUGUGAAGACAUUGAUGAAUGUAAGGAGCAAUCAGCUUGUCAAUGUGAUGGAUGCAAGUGUAAGAACAAAUGGGGAGGCUUCGAGUGCAAAUGCUCUGGAAAUCGUCUAUACAUGAAAGAACAAGACACUUGCAUCGAGAGAAGCGGAUCAAGAAUCGGGUGGUUCUUCACGUUUGUGAUUCUAGCUGCAGUUGCAGGCAUUUGUGUAGGUGGUUACGUAUUCUACAAGUAUCGUCUCAGGUCUUAUAUGGAUUCCGAAAUCAUGGCGAUUAUGUCUCAGUACAUGCCAUUGGAGAGCCAAAACACAAACGAUCCAAUGACUGGUGAAUCUCAACAGCAACAGCUGAGAUUAACUUCUGCAGCCUAACUUUAUAAUUUUCACCUUUUUUUUCUUCUUCUUAUAGAUGAUUUCUUCUUGUAUUAACCCUUCAAGUAAAGUAUUCAUAAAGAGCUAAAGAUGAAAUUUUUUCUUCUUUCGUAA